CCCCAGCGCCGCGGCCGUGAUCGGCAGAGAGAGCAAUAGGGAGCAAUGAGUAAGAGCCAGAGCUGAACUAGUGCACGGCGUAAUUCCUGCUCUGUGAUCAGACGCUCCAAGUGAAAAAACCGGGAGAGGGGGCAGAGAGAGGCGGAGACCAGCUCAACCUUUGCAACCGGCUCAGGACAGAACGUCUAUAGAUAUUUAUAGAUAUAAAAACAAAAACAACAACCUCACCCUGAAUAGAGCCUUUCUUAAAAAGAAGGGGAAGAGAAGGAUUUUUGCAGCCCAAGAACCUCUUGCCCCCAAGUUUUGGAAGAGGGGGGGUUGAAGACUUGUCACCCAUCUGGGGGUGCACGAAGGGUACUGCUUUUCUUUCUGUGUCAACUUGGUUUUGUGGAGGUUUGGAAGAGAAUUUUGCCUGGGAGAAGAGGAUGAUGUGGAAGUGGCUGGGCGCCCUGCUGCUCUUCCCGGUGCAGAUGGUGUACCUGGUGGUGAAAGCUGCCGUGUGCCUGGUGCUGCCGCCCAAGCUCCGGGACCUGUCCCAGGAGAACGUGCUGGUCACCGGCGGGGGCCGCGGCAUCGGUCGCCACCUGGCCCGGGAGUUCGCCAGGAGAGGAGCCAGGAAGAUCAUCCUGUGGGGUCGGACUGAGAAGUGCCUGAAGGAGACCACGGAGGAGAUCAGGCUGAUGGGCACAGAGUGCCACUACUUCAUCUGUGACGUGGGGAACAGGGAGGAGGUCUAUCGGCAGGCCAAGGCCGUCAGGGAGAAGGUGGGUGACAUCACCAUCCUGGUGAACAAUGCUGCUGUGGUCCAUGGGAAGAGCCUGAUGGACAGCGAUGAUGAUGCACUGCUCAAAUCCCAGCACAUCAACACCCUGGGACAGUUCUGGACCACCAAGGCAUUCCUGCCAAGGAUGCUGGAGCUGCAGAAUGGACACAUUGUCUGCCUGAACUCUGUCCUGGCCUUGUCAGCCAUCCCUGGUGCCAUUGACUAUUGCACCUCCAAAGCCUCCUCCUUUGCCUUUAUGGAGAGCCUGACCCUGGGGCUGCUGGACUGUCCUGGAGUGAAUGCCACAACAGUGCUGCCCUUCCACACCAGCACAGAGAUGUUCCAGGGCAUGAGAAUCAGGUUCCCCAGUCUUUUUCCUCCCCUCAAGCCCGAGACAGUGGCGAGGAGGACGGUAGAAGCUGUUCAGACAAACCAAGCCUUCCUGCUCCUUCCAUGGACAAUGCAUGUUCUUGUCAUCCUAAAAAGCAUUCUCCCCCAGGCAGCACUUGAAGAAAUCCACAAGUUUUCCGGGAGCUACACCUGCAUGAACACUUUUAAAGGAAGAACAUAGAGCUGAUGGCACAGGGACUGUUCCUCAGAGAGCCCCACAGGAGCACGAACCCCCUGACAGGACUGGGAAUCAGCAGCCUUGGCUUUUAGCCUGUUCAUGUGACUUGUGCUGCUCUGAGGCAGCGCAUUUCUUGCAGGUCAUAUCCAUAGUAACGUGACCUUUGCACAGGAUUGAGGGACUGGACUGCGGACCCUUGGAAAGGAAAAAAAACAGAACGUGUGAAAUGUUUCUAUGGUGUUUAAUUCUUUAGAGUUCAAUUGUUAAAUCUACUCAUAGUUUUAAGAUGUAAUUUUUGUUUCUGGAGUGUCUGUGGGCUGUCCCAGUGGAGAGGCAGCACUUCCCAUGCCAAACACACUUUGUCCCCUCUCUUCAGAGGAAGUGCCACUUGGUUUCAUUUCUGCUUUUUGAAAGGGGAACUGAAAAAGUGCUUUGAGGAACUAAAAGUUAUGGACAUUUAAUGGAAGUUUCUCUCCCUUCCUUUGCCUUCCAUCCCUUCCUUCACUUUCCAUUCCAUGAUGAAGCUGUUCCCAGCAUACACUGGGGAAGGAGCAAACCUUGGAGCAGUGUUUUCUUUGCCUAAAGGCCACCCAGGACUUCUGUCUGGAGGGACUGAGCUGGGCCCAAAAAAAGCUGUUGUACUUCACCUGUGGAGGCUGGACAGGAAGGCUCAGGCAGCAGAGCAGUUCAAAUAGUGGAAGAUUCUGUCACUGAACUCAUAUAUGAAAUUUGUUCUGAAUUUUUUUUGUUCAUUUGUGAUCGACUAUAAAUACAUUUUUAGCAUUAA